GGCGUCACAUUUGGCUAUCCCUGCAGCUGGCUUCGGUCGGCUUUUAUCCACAUCUGUUCGCAUCACGGUCCCAACGGUCGGGAAUAUCUUCAUUCAUGCUUUUAUCUUGACAGCCAACUCCGCUUUCCCUAGCCGACAUUUGCCAACCUGCUGGAGUAUGUGAAGCGUCGCACUUGUCGCCACGCUGCAGGAAUCUCCGCCGACACAAAUGAGGCCAACGAGCUAUGGUCGAUGAUGCCGCGCCAGAGACCCUGCCAGGCCGAUCAACCCCUUUCGGGAACGACCAGGAGGAUGGCAGAGGGGAUCCAGAGCCUUCAAACCGCGCCGAUGAUGCAGAAGCUAGAGGUUCUAGAAGAAGGCGACGGCGGAAACAUCGAAAGAUCAAUCCCGGCCUGGCAAAGAAGUUCGACUUCUUGACCCAAUUACUGCGGAAUCUCGACUCCAUAGUAUACGCAGAGCUAUGCACAUUAUACUACAUGGAGUGCUCCAUCUUCCGCUUUGCAGUUCGCGUCUAUGGACAGCACCACUGGCUUACACCCAAGCCUGACGACUACCCAUUGACUAUGGCGGCGGCCCGGUCACAAGUUAUAUCGGUGUUUGUCCCGAACUUGCUGUGUGUCUUGCUACAUAUCUUUGCGUCCCUACCUGUAGCUGGCGAAGCUGCGCGUGGCUAUCUUCACGGGGGUGUCAUCGUCGACUUCAUCGGGCAGAAACCACCAACCUCGAGGCUUACCUUUCUAGCUCUCGACUGUAUUAUACUGGCUGUGCAAUGUCUCAUGCUGGCUGUCCAUGCCGAGCGAGAGAAGCUACGGCCUAUUGUAAGGCCAUUGUUAUUCCGCUUGCCCCCGGCACUAGAAGAGACGAUCGGUCUUUCUACCCAAGAUCACGACGCCGAAGAGCGGGGUGUCUUGAGAGAUGCACCUGGACUGGACAUGGAAGGCGCAGACAGCGUGGAGCUCCAGUCUCUGAGGCCCAACGGCGAAGCUGAACAUGGCCAGGAACCUUCACGAAGGAGGUCCGCAAGACGACGCUCGUCCUCGAAUGCAGCCAGUGGAAUGCAUUUAUUCGACGUCUUCACUUCAGGGAACGGCGAUUUGGGAGAGUUCCACAUAUCUCACACUAUUAGACACGCUACCACUGAUUACUGGGGAGCGGCAGGUCACUCGCUUCAAACCCUGGGUUAUACCGCGACAUUGACGAGACUGUCCGCGAUGAGGAGGAUACCACAGCUAGAACGCAACCAGAGGAAUCAGAGGUAGUCUAGAUGGUAUCAUGAUAUCCAAUGGCAAUUGAUCUUCAAUUGUGCCGUCGCGUUCUGGUAUCUUAAGCAAUUUUGCGACCAACAUUACCAACACCGCUUCCCUUUACCGAAACAAGUAUAUCGUUCGACUCGUCGUCUUCAACGUCCCUUAAACCCCAACUACUCGCGCCGAAUGUGCGCAAGUCCCUGGCGAGCCCAACCAUCUCUUCUGUUCCGAUGACAUCUCUUCCUAUCCUCAAUCUUCCUACAUCUUCAGAUCCCAUAGCCAUCAACGUCAUGACGGUGCUGGCUGAUGUUUUGCUGACACAUCCACCUUGCGCAAUGGUUUCCAGCAGUUGAUAGGCGCAGUUUUUGCCAAUAUCUUCAGGCACUACGCCGCCCACAGGUGGCGCUACUACAUCUGCCGAGUAGAGAACACCGACAGAGCUCGACUCAGCCACCAAACUGAGACCGAAACCAAUGCCCGUUCGAGUCUUUGACUUGUCGGCCGCCGUGAUAAGAGGUGCUGUGUCGUACUGCGCUGCGAUAUGAAUGUCUGAAACGAGAGCAUUCAGGACCUCUCUUGCCGAGUGAAUCAUUCUGCUGUUGUUGGACGCUGAGACUCCCGUACAGUAUGCGACUCCUCGUAUCCUCCUUAUCUUGCCGGGAUUGCGGUUCAGGUGCAAUGUUUUCGGGAGUCGGACCUGGCUUGCGAACCGGAGCUCAACGACACCACCGCCGCCUCUGCCAUUCUUUCCAGGGCAAGAUCGCGACAGCACUCUCAGCUCAAUUCGCGCAGGCGGGAUACCGAAGAGCCCAAAGAGUGGUAGGAUGGCUGUGCGGAAGGAGUCGACAGAGAUGUCGCCGGUCUCAGUCGCAGAUGUGAUGACACCCGGGCCAGUGAAUCGGAUGUUGACGUGCGCCUUCGAGAAUGGCGCGAGGAGGCAGAUUGGGAGGAGGAAGUAGGUGACGCCGCGGUUGUUGUUCGCGGGGAGGUUGUGCUCGAUGACGUCGCCGUCGGAUGCGCCAAAGCCAGCCAUCGUUCCAGUGAUCAGACCGGGGUGGUACGUGAUAGUCGUACCGGUGUACGAAAUCUGCAUAGAGCUACCAUUGGUGACGGCUUCCAGUAGUCGGAGGAAUGAAAUCUCGUGGGGCGCAAGACCGGGGUGUGUCGGCGACGAGCUGCGAAUUUUGGAAAUGUGAACUGGCCGACCAGUCAGAGUUGAUAUGAUUAGUCGCUGCGCAAAGGACCUGUGUCCUGUGAACCGCAGGUACUCGGGAGCGGACGCCAUUUUGCCGUGGGUCGUCUGGGUGCUGGUGAUAUCCUCGGCCGGAAAAAAAAGAGUAGACGAAGGUGG